AUGAUGAACCAGCGAGCGAAACUGAGCGACAUUCGCUCCAACUCCCAUGACACUCUGCGUGGAGGGAUGCCCUCCCCACGGAUUGCCCAUUUCGACGGCGAGGUCCCUCCCGCAUUAUCUCCCCUCGAUGCCUUUGCCGCCCAAGGUCGAUUCCUUGCCCGACAGUUGGAUGAGUCCCGGUUAGGGGAACGGCGAAUGAGUCGCCUCCCUCCGUCCAGUGUCGCCCGGUCGCUGUCCCGCCCCCGACCAGGUUACUUCCGCUCUCCGCACAGCGACCCCAAUGCCGAACCUUUGACACGACGACCGACACAGAGAGGCCUUCCAGAAGUGGAGGAGCCAAAAUACCGCCCAAUCUCCGAACAUCCUCGAUUCAGUUCGGUCUCGCACACCAGCAGCAAUGCGGCGAGCUUUUACGAAGACGAUGACACUACCCCCAGGACAACGAUGAUUCAGGAUAACCCCGGCGACUGGGGGAUACCUCGGGCGGAAUCACCUGAGCAGGAUCCGGAAUCUGUGGAGGAAAUGCAGGAAGGUUCGGUCGGAGUCAAUGCGAUAGAUCCAUCGCGUCAGUCGUCGCUGGACUCCGUUACCAGCAAACUUCACAUCCCGCGAACUUUGGCUCCACCGGUCUCGCCGCAUUCGCGGCCGUCGAGCAGUGCCCGGGGGAAUCAACUGGAGAGCUCUGAUGAUGAUUACAGUAGCUCUAAUGCAGGUUCGACAUUCUCCAAGCCACGGAAACUGUCAUCGGCAAGUGCUGUAUCGAUUCCAUACUCACCUAUGUCGAACUUUCCAGUCCGGCCCCAUCCUCGUUCGCCUUCAAUAAGCUCCGAGACGUCCACGGGCACCAGCUAUCUGGCGCGACCUUCCUUCAAUUUCUCCCGACCUUUAAGUCGCUCUAGCACCAGUCUUUCUGCACCAGGAGCUCCUGAGCCAACGACAGCUCCAGUUGCUACCCCCCAACGCCAUCAAUCUAAUCAUAUGCACCGUGCAACAAAACCCCACCCGAUUCUAGUUCCUCUGGCUACUGAACAGGCUGCUGCUACUCAACCCGCCGACGGAGAGCCAUCUUCGGCGGUAUCAUCGUUCGUGUACGCCAAGUAUGCACUGCCGCGUGGACGUGAGCCUUCCAGAGACUCGGUGAUAUUCGCAGGCCUACAAACUCCGCACUUUGAAUGGAAUGAGCCUCUCUUUGAGAAUUCACCCCCGCGGGAAUCGGUUGAGGUUCCUCGCUCAGUGUGCACACCACCACCGACCAGGAAUCAUCGCAUGGAUCAUUCGCCCAAGCCACAUUCGAUGCACGAGGUUCCAAUUCAGGAACCUCCUAGAGAGAAAACGCCCGCUCCACCUUCCCCUCAGCCGCCAGUUCAAUCUUCCCCUCAGCCACCAGUCUUAGCGCCAAGACCGUCAACCUCUUCGUCAAAGCCGCCGAGCUCACCAAAGCUGCCGGCUUCACCAAUGCCAGCGGCACCGACACUGGCCACACCCGAGAAACCUAGACCUUCCACAGAGUCUACUCGUAAGAAUGACAAGCUCGAGACGGCAUCUUCAGCUGGCUCUGCGAGCACAUUGCGCCCACAGACUGCCACGACCCAGGCACCAUCGGCUGCCGUGACUGCUGACGAUCAUGUUGCCAAGGGCAUUGAACUGCACGAAAGCGGGUCCUUGAAUGAAUCGACCUAUCACCUGCGUAUUGCUGCAAAGAAGAACCACCCCACCGGAAUGUUACUAUAUGCCCUUGCCUGCCGUCAUGGUUGGGGCAUGCGCUCCAAUCAACAGGAGGGUGUGCGGUGGCUACGCAAGGCUGUGGACUCAGUGGGAUUGGAAAUGCUUGAAAACCCCGAUGCCCCUGGCGCGUCCAAAGCAAAAGAGCUGCAGAAGGCCUACCGUGCUCAAUUUGCUCUCAGCAUCUACGAGCUGGGUGUCAGUCACUUGAACGGCUGGGGCAUUGAACAGGAUCGGGCUCUUGCUUUGCGCUGUUUCGAGAUUGCUGGCCAAUGGGGCGAUGUGGAUGCCAUGGCCGAAGCAGGUUUCUGCUAUGCCGAAGGUGUUGGUUGCAAGAAGGACAUGAAGAAGGCUGCGCGGUUCUAUCGCCAGGCUGAGUCCAACGGCAUGAGCAUGGUUGGCAACAGUUGGAUUUACAAGGAGAAAUAUAUGGCAGACGAUGCCAAGGAAACAUCUCGUCCGCGCGGGCGAACUGUCAGCAGUGACAAGAAGAACACGCGCAGCAAAUCACGCACUCGCAGUAUCUUCCAACGGAAGAAGUCUGUACCCGAGUCAUAG